AUGUACGGAUCAGGCCAGCAGACCGGCAUCUCCACGCCGCGCUCUGCAGCAAAUCUGCGCCCGCUCAUCCUCACCCACGGCUCGCUCGAGUACACCCUCCUCAUCCCAACCGCCCUGCACUUCAAUGCCCAGCAAUUGAGGGACACCUUCAAGCAGACACUUCCCGAGCCCACAGACGAACUCGCCCAGGAUGACGAGCCAUCAUCAGUCGUCGAGCUGGUUGCACGUUACCUCGGCUUCAUUGCCAAGGAGGUAGAGGAGGGCGAGGACCCUGACUCUUUCGAGGAGGUCCUCAAGCUGGUUCUCACUGAGUUCGAGCGCGCCUUCCUGCGGGGCAAUGAGGUGCAUGCGCUGGCCGCCACGCUGCCAGGCAUCACUGCGAAGAAGCUGGAGACAGUACGGUCAUACUACGCGGCUCGCGCUGCCGUUGAAAGGCCCAUCAAGCACCACGAGUCUGCCCUCUUCCGCGAGGCUUCUGACGAGAACGCCUUCAUCUACGCUGUUCUGGGCGGCCAGGGCAACAUUGAGGAGUACUUCGAUGAACUCCGAGAAAUUUACAACACAUACCCCUCGUUUGUGGAGGAUUUUGUUGCGGCUGAGGCACAACAUCUGCUGACUUUGUCGCGGGACCCGCGCGCAGAGAAGCUGUACUCCAAAGGCCUGGAUGUUAUGCGAUGGCUCAACAACCGUGAAGCUCAACCUGACACCGAUUACCUCGUCUCAGCGCCUGUCAGCUUGCCGUUGAUCGGUCUUACACAGCUUGCGCACUACGUUGUUACGUGCAGAGUGCUCGGUAGCCACCCCGGACACAUCCGCAGCCGUUUCGCUGGUGUCACUGGUCACUCUCAGGGUGUUGUCACAGCUGCCGCAAUCGCGGAAGCAAAGAACUGGGAGACUUUCGAGAGGUCUGCUAAGAAGGCAAUUGAGAUCCUUUUCUGGAUUGGUACACGCAGUCAGCAAGCCUUCCCCAGGACUUCUCUGGCUCCGAACAUCCUACAAGACUCGAUCGACAACAGCGAGGGUACCCCAACUCCUAUGUUGUCGAUUCGUGACCUGUCCCGCAAGGCUGUUCAGGACCACAUUGACGCCACAAACGCACACUUGCCCCAGGACAGGCAUAUUGCCAUCUCGCUGGUCAACAGCGCACGCAACUUCGUCGUCACAGGACCUCCAAUCUCUCUGUACGGUCUCAACCUUCGUCUGCGUAAGGUCAAGGCUCCUACUGGUCUCGACCAGACAAGGAUACCCUUCACCGAGCGCAAGGUUCGCUUCGUCAACCGCUUCCUCCCCAUUACCGCGCCCUUCCACAGCCCAUACCUCGCCGAAGCGACGAAACAGCUCGAGGAUGACCUCAAGGACAUCAAGAUUGCUGCGAGCGACCUCGGUGUGCCCAUGUACGAUACACACACUGGCAAGGAUAUUCGCGAAGAUGGCUCGGACAACGUUGUCCCUGCUCUUGUGAGGAUGAUCACCAGCGAUUCUGUUGAGUGGGAGAAGGCUACUGUCUUCCCCAAGGCUACUCACAUUCUCGACUUCGGUCCUGGUGGCAUCUCCGGACUCGGUGUGCUCACCAACCGCAACAAGGAGGGCACUGGUGUUCGCGUCAUUCUGGCUGGAGCUAUCGACGGUCAGAACGUCGAGGUCGGCUACAAGCCUGAGCUCUUCGACCGCGACUCUGAGCAUGCUGUCACUUAUGCUGUCGACUGGGUCAAGGAGCAUGGUCCGAAGCUUGUCAAGACAUCUACUGGCAAGACCUAUGUUGACACCAAGAUGAGCAGAGUACUCGGCUUGCCUCCUGUCAUGGUUGCUGGUAUGACACCCUGCACUGUCCCCUGGGACUUCGUCGCAGCCACCAUGAACGCUGGCUAUGAGAUUGAGCUUGCUGGUGGAGGUUACUACAACGAGAAGACCAUGACCGAGGCUAUCACCAAGGUUGAGAAGAACAUUCCUGCUGGUCGUGGUAUCACCAUCAACUUGAUUUACGUCAACCCCCGCGCUAUGGGCUGGCAGAUCCCACUCCUGGCCAAGCUCAGAGCUGAGGGUGUUCCUAUCGAAGGUUUGACCAUCGGUGCUGGUGUACCUUCUAUCGAGGUUGCCAACGAAUACAUUCAGACCCUGGGCAUCAAGCACAUGGCCUUCAAGCCUGGCUCCGUCGAAGCUAUUCAGGCGACCAUCAACAUCGCUAAGGCGAACCCUACUUUCCCGGUCCUGCUCCAGUGGACUGGAGGUCGUGGAGGUGGUCACCACUCCUUCGAAGACUUCCACCAGCCCAUCCUUCAGAUGUAUGGCCGCCUUCGCAAGUGCGAGAACCUCAUUCUCGUUGCCGGUUCCGGUUUCGGUGGUGCGGAAGACACGUACCCCUACCUCACUGGUAGCUGGUCGACCAAGUUCGGAUACCCUCCCAUGCCUUACGACGGAUGCCUGUUCGGCAGUCGCGUGAUGACUGCUAAGGAGGCCCAUACGUCUCCCUCGGCCAAGCAGGCUAUUGUUGACGCUCCUGGCCUUGACGAUGCUGACUGGGAGAAGACCUACAAGGGCCCUGCUGGCGGUGUCAUCACUGUCCGCUCCGAGAUGGGCGAGCCCAUUCACAAGCUUGCUACUCGCGGUGUUAUCUUCUGGCACGAGAUGGACCAGAAGAUCUUCGCGCUGGACAAGGCCAAGCGCGUUCCCGAGCUCAAGAAGAUGCGCGAAUACAUCAUCAAGAAGCUCAAUGAGGAUUUUCAGAAAGUCUGGUUUGGCAGGAACAAGAAGGGCGAAUCCGUUGAUCUGGAAGACAUGACGUACUCUGAGGUCAUUCAACGCAUGGUUGAUCUCAUGUACGUCAAGCACCAGUCUCGCUGGAUCGACCAAAGUUUGAAGCGUCUCACCGGCGAUUUCAUCCGCCGAGUUGAGGAGCGCUUCAGCAAGUCUGGCGGCGAGUCGAUCAUCCAGAGCUACGAUGAGCUCAGCGACCCAUUCACAACGCUUGAGCAGGUCUCCAAGGCCUACCCUGAGGCCGAUCAGCAGUUGAUCAACGCUCAGGAUGUUCAGCACUUCUUGCUGCUUUGCCAGCGCCGUGGACAGAAGCCCGUGCCCUUCGUUCCUUGUCUUGAUGACACCUUCGAGUUCUUCUUUAAGAAGGACUCUCUGUGGCAGUCCGAGGACAUCGAAGCCGUUGUUGACCAGGACGUCGGCAGGACCUGUAUUCUACAGGGUCCUAUGGCCGUCAAGUACUCCACCAAGGUCGACGAGCCAAUCAAGGAGAUCCUCGACGGUGUUCACGAGGGCCACAUUAAGUACUUGCUGCACGACGUUUACGGCGACGAUGAGUCCAAGGUCCCAGUAGUCGAGUACUUCGGCAGCAAGCUCCUCGCGGCCUCAGAGGGUUUGGAAGUUGACGGUCUCACCGUGUCUCAGCUCGAGAACAAGACAAUCUACCGUUUGUCACCUGCGCCGAACGCGACCAUGCCUGAGGUCCAGUCGUGGUUGCAACUUCUUGCCGGUAACACAUACUCGUGGAGACACGCGUUCUUCACUACCGAUGUGUUCGUCCAGGGCCAGCGUUUCCAGACCAACCCAACAACCAGGAUCUUUGCCCCCGUCCCUGGUAUGACUGUGGAGAUUGCCAACCCCAAUGACCCCAGCAAGACCUCCAUCACAGUUAAGGAAUUGCACCACGGCGCGAAGUAUGUCAAGACUGUUGAUGUCAGCUUGAAGGAUAACGAGAUCUUGCUCAAGAUGUACGAGGAGCGUACUGCUCUUGGAUCUGCUGUCGCUCUUCCCUUCCGUUUCACGUACCGUCCUGACGUUGGCUACGCGCCCAUCCACGAAGUCAUGGAAGCUCGCAACGACCGCAUCAAGGACUUCUACUACAAGAUCUGGUUCGGUGACGAGGCCUGCCCAUUCGAUGCUUCAGUCACAUCCCGUUUCGAUGGUGGCCGUGCUACUGUCACUAGCGAAGCUAUCAACGACUUCGUCCACGCCGUUGGCAACACCGGUGAGGCCUUCGUCGACCGACCAGGUAAGGAGGUCUUCGCUCCCAUGGACUUCGCCAUUGUGGUUGGCUGGAAGGCGAUCACCAAGCCUAUCUUCCCUCGUGCCAUCGACGGGGACCUGCUCAAGCUGGUCCAUCUCUCCAACGGCUUCCGCAUGCUUCCUGGUGCAGAGCCUCUGAAGAAGGGUGAUGUUCUCGACACUACUGCUCAGAUCAACGCCGUCAUUAACCAGGACUCUGGUAAGAUGGUCGAGAUCUGUGGCACUAUCACCCGUGAGGGCAAAGCUGUCAUGGAGGUCACCAGCCAGUUCUUGUACCGCGGCGCAUACAGUGAUUUCGAGAACACUUUCCAGAGGAAGACUGAGAAGCCAAUGCAGCUGCAAUUGGCAACCAGCAAGGAUGUUGCUAUCCUGCGCUCAAAGGAGUGGUUCAACUUCGAGGAGCCCGAAAUCGACCUCCUGAACAAGACCUUAGUCUUCAAGCUCGAGACUUUCCAGAAGUACAAGAACAAGACAAUUUUCUCCGAGGUCGAGACCAUUGGUGAGGUUCUUCUUGAGCUGCCAACCAAGGAAAUCAUCCAGAUUGCAUCCGUCAACUACCAGUCUGGAACCGCUCACGGCAACCCUGUGGUCGACUACUUGGAGCGCAACGGUUCCACGAUCGACCAGCCAGUUCACUUUGAGAACCCCAUUCCUCUGCACGGCAAGGCUCCAUUGACACUGAGGGCUCCAGCAUCCAACGAGAACUACGCUCGUGUGUCAGGCGACUACAACCCUAUUCACGUUUCUCGUGUCUUCGCCAGCUAUGCCAACUUGCCUGGUACCAUCACUCAUGGUAUGUACUCCAGUGCUGCCGUGAGGAGCCUGGUCGAGACUUGGGCUGCUGAGAACAACGUCGGCCGCGUCAGGAGCUACCACGUCAACCUUGUUGGCAUGGUUCUGCCUGAUGACAUGCUCGACGUCAAACUCCAGCACGUUGGUAUGGUCUCAGGUCGCAAGAUCAUCAAAAUCGAGGUCAGCAACCAGGAAACCGAAGACAAGGUCCUUCUUGGUGAGGCGGAGGUCGAGCAACCGACAACAUCCUACGUCUUCACCGGUCAAGGUUCCCAGGAACAGGGCAUGGGUAUGGAGCUGUACAACAGCAGCCCCGUUGCUAAGGAGGUUUGGGACCGUGCCGACAAGCACUUCAUGGAUAACUACGGUUUCGCCAUUACCAACAUCGUCAAAAACAACCCGAAGGAGCUGACUAUUCACUUCGGUGGUCCUCGUGGAAAGGCUAUCCGUCAGAACUACAUCUCGAUGACCUUCGAGACCGUCGCUACCGAUGGAUCCAUUAAGUCUGAGAAGAUCUUCAAGGAGAUUGACGAAAACACGACUUCGUACACCUACCGAUCGCCCACCGGUCUGCUGUCGGCGACGCAGUUCACGCAGCCGGCCCUUACCCUUAUGGAGAAGGCAUCGUUCGAGGAUAUGCGCUCUAAGGGUCUCGUCCAGCGCGAUAGCACUUUCGCUGGUCACUCCCUUGGAGAGUACAGUGCGCUUGCUGCGCUCGCCGAGGUCAUGCCCAUUGAGAGCUUGGUCUCAGUUGUGUUCUACCGUGGUCUUACCAUGCAGGUCGCCGUCGAGCGUGAUGAGACUGGUCGUUCCAACUACUCCAUGUGCGCUGUCAACCCCAGCAGGAUCUCGAAGACUUUCAACGAGCAAGCUCUGCAGUACGUUGUUGAGAACAUUGCGGAGACAACUGGCUGGCUUCUCGAGAUCGUCAACUACAACAUUGCCAACAUGCAGUACGUCGCUGCUGGUGACCUCCGAGCUCUUGACUGCCUCACUGGUGUGACCAACUACCUCAAGCAGCAGAAGAUCGAUAUCCAGUCUCUAAUGCAGAGCUUGUCAAUGGAGGAUGUCAAGGCUCACUUGGUCGAGAUCAUCAAGGGCUGCGCUGAGCAGACCGAGGCUAAGCCCAAGCCUCUCGACCUUCAGCGUGGUUUCGCUACCAUCCCGCUCAAGGGUAUCGAUGUGCCCUUUCACAGCACAUUCUUGCGCUCUGGUGUCAAGCCCUUCCGAAGCUUCUUGCUCAAGAAGAUUCACAAGACAUCGAUCGACCCGUCCAAGCUGGUCGGCAAGUACAUCCCCAACGUCACUGCGAAGCCGUUCGCUUUGACCAAGGAGUACUUCGAGGAUGUGUACAAGCUCACAAACUCGCCUAAGAUUGGCAAUAUCCUGGCCAACUGGGAGAAGUACGAGGAGAAGGAGGAGACCACUGCCUCCGCGUAGAGUCGAUGAGAUGUCGUGAUUUGGGCGUUGUGACGGCCGUUUGCUUAGACUUUUGAUAUCCGGUGGUAAAAUAAGCGCUUUUUCGUAGAGAUGAUAAACUUGCAAUUUGUACUACAAUUUAUUAAUGAGC